AUGGCCACUGGCGGAGGUUUGCGUUUCAAUCCUCGGAGCAACCAGGAGCCCGAGCUGACAAAGCAAGGUUUCUUGGUGUAUAGUGGAUCCGUUUCGGACUACUAUGAGUGGGAAUUUCGGGCGAUGGCGAAGUACCACGCUACGAAGGACUUGGGGCACGAUGUACUGAAGAGCGCCGACGCGAUCACGCAGAUCAUCGACGCUGCGCGUAAGGUGAUUUUUCCUUUGCAGGCCCAAGAGGCAAAGGAACUUUACCGAGUCGGGGCCAGCGUUGGUGGUGUGAUGUCAAGACAAGCAGGAGAGUCUAUGACCUCCUAUAUCGGGCGAAGAAAGAGAUGGUACAGAAAGUUGAAGGAGUUGGACAAGACGAUAGAAAUAUCCGAUACCAUCCUUGGAGAUCUUUUACUCGACAACUCUGGAUUAGAUCGCAAAGAGCGACUAAUGGUACUUACAGCUGUCGGGGAAACGUCUUCUUUUGAUGCGAUCGAGAAAGCCCUCAUUACUCAACAUGGGAAAUUGCAUGUUCUGGAGUCCCGAAGUUCGGGCAAGGGUGCAAGCAACUACAACCGCCCCAGAGGCAUGGCCUACAAGGGAACAAAGAGUUCUGGCAAAGGAAAGGCGAAUGCCCAGACUCACCAUGGGGCAGCCUAUCUGGCAGAGCCUGAGGACCUCUUCGACUCCUACGACGCCGGGGAAUCCUUUUCGGAUCCCGAGGCAGAGGAAGAAGAGCUGGUACCUGAUGAUCAGGACAGUUCAGCCUUCAUGGCUGAUUCCCUUGGAGAGGCAACAGCCGAGAAGAUAGAGCUGGAUGUUGUGGAAGCAUUCCUUUCGACACCAGACUUUAGUCUGGAUGAUGAUGAGUGUAUUGCUUUCCUUGCUUCAGCUUGUCAGGCUGAGGUUUGUGCUUUCUUUGCUCGCUCCAAAGCGAAAGGCAAAGGAAAGCCGAUGGGAAAGCAUGCCCACGGCUACAGGCCCAAGCCCAGCGGUUUGAGUAUUGAAGACCGCAAAGCGAAGCUCAAGGAGAUCAAGGCACGUAGCGUUUGUCGCACGUGCGGGAAGAAAGGGCAUUGGGCUGGUGACCGAGAUUGCAAAGGCAAGCCAUCUUCAGGAGGCAGCAGCACGCAAGGCACCAAGGAUAGAACUGCGCAUUUCUCCGCGAUCUUGACAAAAGACGCGUCCGUGCAGACCUCGUUUUGUUGCUCAUCUUCGGAGAGCGAAGGGUCAGAGGUACUGCAUAAGCCUCAAAUGUUUCUGGCGCUGGAUGACGAUCACGAGCAUCCCGAGGGUUACCCGGGCUUCUUCAACCCCGGAGACUUUGCGGAGGAAGAAGAAGAGCUCGAAGAAGCAGAUGGGUCGUUUGAGUUGCUAGAAGCACCGCCUGAGGGUUCGGACACCGUUUUUGGGUUCGGAGUUCACCGAGGUUCCACCUUCGGGGAUGUCGUUUUGAGACACCCUGACUAUUUCACGUGGGGCAUCAAGGAAAAGAACCCCAGCCGAACGCUGGAGGAGUUCCUUGUGUGGUGUAACAUGUACUACGUGUUCCCACGUGGAAAGGCCGAAAGAAGGGAAUACCCUCUUUCAGGUUAUGAGGCGCGAGACCUCGAGUCUGUUAAGGCCUGGAUGCUGUCACAAGGCAUCGGUGGAAAGGUGAACAAGUCAAAGCUCGCCAACCUGAAGCCGGAUCCUCGUGGACCGUGCCAAGGCGGAUGCCCGGCUCAUGCCAUUAGUAAGGCAGGGUCAAAUGACAAGGUCAUCAAGACCACUUGCAUGAUUUGUGGCCACCGAUGGUCAGAGCCACGGCCACAAGCGCAGCCCACGAGGGAUGCGGCGACUUGUCCUCACAGCCGCACGGACAACAGAGGUUCCACCAGGGCCGUGCACAAGGUCUGGUGUUUGGACUGUUGUACUUUUGUUGAGGAGAUGCCGCAGGCGCUCCACAAGCAACAGGUUGAGCUAGGGAGAGCCGCGCAACAGGCACCCCUGAAGGCCCAGGACCUCACCCGUCGUACGCUUCAGGACACACCUCUUACGCAGAUGGAGGCAGGAUACCCACCGCACGCCUUUAUGGCGGUGGAAACGCCCGAGCCUGUGUUGGAGCAGCUCGAGGAGGUCGAUCCCCUUAGGGACGACCAUGUCUACGCCAUGCUCGAUGAAGGUUGCAACUCCACCUGUCACGGGGAGAAAUGGCGUAUAGACGCAGAAAAGAAGCUCGAGAAGCUUGGCUUCCGAGCGAAAGCUGCACCACUUACCGUGGGCACCUACCGUGGAAUCGGAGGUGCAGAGGCCACGCAGAGAUUGGUGUUUCCAAUCGCUCUGGCGAUGGAGCCAUCUCAGCUGUCUUGGAAUGGCAGCGUAGCAAGCAAUGAGAUUGGGGGGCAAGACUUUCCGCUCCUUCUCUCGUUGCAAGUGCAGCAGAAGCUAGGCCUGAGGAAGGACGUGAGAGCCGGACUAGUUCAACUAGCCGACUACCCAGGCCAAAGCUUGAGGUUGUUCAAGAACAGCCGAACCGGACUACUGAUGAUCCGAAUCGACCAGUUCGAGAAGGACUUGGCCGAAGGACAUCAGGAGUUCAGACUGGAAGAGUAUCCGAACCUGCCAAAGGUCGGACACCAGUCACCUUCAAGGACCGUUAUGGCCUUGAGGAGCGCCUCACCGGUUCAGAGAGCCUACAUGAUAGCCGAUACAAAGCCGAACAUCGUUUUGAUGUCGGCAGGAGUGUGGACGCUAGACGUAGGCGCGGAAAGUUCCAAAGUGAGUAAGGAACUCACCGACGCAGUGGACAGAAUCCACGCGAACCGAUUUUCGGUCGCACUUCCGAAGAAUCUUGAAUUGGUGAAGAGAAGUUUGAGGAAGAACUACCCGAUUAUCACAGAGGAAGUGAAAUCGGACGAUCACCUUGUGAUCUUGGAUGUAAGGGAGAUCCCAGACCCGAAGAAUUACCGGGAUCAUAUCGGGACGUACCCGGAGAACCUGCACCACACCGUCUACAGCAAGACUUUUCUAUCCCUUUGGGAAGAAAUUGCAAAGCAGAUCGAUCGGAUUAUCCGACGGUCGAAAGAUGGUGACAAGAUCAUCAUCCUUUUCUUGUGCACUGGUGGAAAGCACAGGAGUGUAGCCCUGAGACACCUUGUGCAAGUCGUACUUGAGAAUGUCUAUGGCAUCUGUGCUGGAUAUUUGGACGUGUCGAGAACAGUCAAUUGGCAUAAAACAUGCCAAGGCUGCACAAGAUGCAGACAUGUCGAGAGUGACGACAAAGAAAUCCUUGAGGAGAUGGAGGCCUACGUCGUCAAGCAAUGGAAGGGUUUCUUCGACCCCUCAAGAACGCCAGUGAAGGGAAGAAGUCGCACACCAGCAGGAACUUGGGUGCGAAAGGACGGGAGAAGUGAUGCCUCUACACGUUCUUCGUCCGCCCCGAAGCAGGGAGAUCAGCAACUGACUCCCGGCACGGGGGCCACGCCAAAGGCGAUGCCGAAGGACGGAGGCACGCCGGAGAGAAAAGGAAAGGCUUCGACCUCUACGGAUGUCAAGGACACCGAGAAGGACAAGAAGAAGGCGCAUGCAGCAAACGCGAGCGCGAAGAAAGGAGCCCGCAAGGCGGAGGCCGGAGACUCGUUAACGAGCUCCGAUGACGACUUGUUGGGAACCAGUGGCGUCCCAGAACACUACCACGACUUCUCCGAUUUGAUUGAGGAAGACCACCGGGACUUGGAGCGCAUCGCGUACAUUUUCAUCCACAGGAUCGUCCAGGUUUUUCAACCGGACGCCCUAACAAAGCCGGAUACGCUGAUCCGCAAGUAUUCGGACAGCUUGGUGUUGGCUAUGGGUGCGGUCGCCCGCAAGUAUCUGGACGAGAAGCAAGCUCGCCAGAUCCUCGAAGCAGUCUUACGUUUGCGUAGACUGGACAUCGAGGGUUUCAACGCAGAGUACCUCGAGAAGUCUCUUAGGGCAGCCACCGAAAUGGUUGAUGAGCUCGACGAGGCGACGCCUGACUUCGGCACCAGAGACGUGCGAGACAGCAUGCGGGGCCGCAGUCUAGGCUCAGCUGCCGCAGGAUCGAGGGAUAAUCCCCGAUCCAGGAGCGCUCGGGGGUAUGGGCGAAGCGCAACCCCAGUUAGGAAGAAGUGGCAUUGGGACGAUCGUCGAGACGUCCGGAACACGCCACGCAAGAGCCGCGAGGAGGAAGCCAGGGAGUAUCAGGAGCGUAGGGACGCGCGAGAGUCUCGCGAAAGCCAGCAGCGUCGUGUGAGGAACGACCAGGACCACGAGCGUGCGAGGUCAGACCUGCUGGGUAUGGGGAUUGAUCCGAACUUACCAAGCGAGAUCACCUCAGCUUACCUUGACCAGAUGUGGCAAGGAGACCCUCGGACUUCGAAGAAGCCGGUGCUAAUGCUGUGGGUACAGGACCCGAAGGAAAAGAAUGGGCCUGUGAGAGUGACCCUUAAAACGGGCACUUACAACACUGCCACGAAGGUCGCGCCCGAGCUGAAGAACUGGUACAAGAACACGUUCGUUCAGCGCGAGGAAGGAGGCGACUGGUCUUGGGCAGAGCGAUGGGAGUGGCCAACCCACGUUCAGGAGUUCAGCGAGAAAACGUACAGGGUAUACGAUGGUUCGCAGUUUUGCUCUGCCUACUACUCCACGCCAUCGAUAUACCCUGGAGCGCCUGUAAUGGGCACAAAGGAAAGAGAGACCUUUGAGAAAGGCUCUCGACAAAUGAGCAAGCGAGAUUCGCUGCUAUGGAAGGAGUUGAGGGGAUCGUUUACGACCCCUGAAGAACCAAGAAAGGUAUUCCUUCUUGGGCAAUGGUUCGGACCUUUUGAGGAGGCCGAAAUGAAAGCAGCAGACCCCGGACCAGAUCUGGCCGGGUAUGAGACUGCGAGUUGGAGGCAUAAAGUGUCCCAACAGAUCCAAUCGUUUCACCCAGACCUACUCUUAGUUUUGUUUCCGGGAGACUGCGCCAAGCAGCUCUCAGAGACCGCCUCGGAGUGGCUACAGGACUUGCUCUCGCAGAGUGAAAUGUGCGUUUGCGUUUUAGACGAAGUGGGUUCAGUUAGGUGGAAAGAUUUGGAAGGUUUGGAAAGGGACGACAGUAAAAGUUUUGAACUUUACUACGCUAGAGGCAAGCCGGUCUUGAAAGUCCAGAACACAUCGGAAGAUGUGAAAGGCACGGAGGUAUCAUUAAAAGAGCCUACCGAAGAGUGUGCAGACAGCACCACCUGCAAGGUAAAGAACAGGCAACCUAGAGGCAUAGGACAUCUCUUGGAUGAGGAUGAACUAGGUCAGCUAGGAGUACUCAGUGGAGCGAUGGACCCCUCCACAGCAUUUGGACGCAGCAUAGAGUACCGCCACACUGCGAGAAGAGCGUACCUACAGGCAGAUACUUCAAGGCGAGCUAGAGCCGCCGUGCUGCGCAAGUCGGGACCACUACCAGGCAAGUACUCCGCAGGAGACUUGGUGUGCUACCGAAUCGAAAGAGACUCGAGCGGUGUGCCUAGCUGGAGUGGAGUUUCCCGCAUCAUUGGUUUUGAUGGGAAGACCGUCUGGGUAACGCACAGAGGCGUGCCCGUAGCAACUAGUUUAGGCAAACUCCGACCGUGUACUUCGGCGGAAGUUCUAGCUUAUCAGAUUUUGAGUAAAGGCAACUUACAGUACGAACACCUAGAAUCUGAGAGAGAGCAGCAGCGAUUUGUCGAUGCACGAGCGCACGACAGUGAUGCAGACGAUGAAGAGGACAGUGACUCUGCACGUCCGUCUUCUGCCAUACGCUCAAAUCCUUUGGAAGGAUUGAGGACAGUGAGAAGGAGAGUGGGACUUACUCCUGAAGAGUCACGGGCAGAGCCCCGUGUAGAGCCCACGAUAGAAGAACCCGAAGUAGAAGACGCUCAACAGAUGGAUGAGCCUACGGUGGAAGCCGUAGCAGAGAAUGAUCCGCAACUUGACGCGGCGGACAUUCCGGUUCCCGAAGAAGAGGACACAGCUGAUGCUUUAUUGGCACAGUUUAAGAUUCCCACGUAUGGAUCGAAAGAGUGCAACAAGUAUAGAGCUUUUGUGGCCGAUCGAAUAGACUCAGAAAGCGCCCGAAAGUGGUUGAAGAAAAGGAGCAGCUAUUCUAACAAGAAGAAAGCUGCGCAGAACAAGGUGUUCACAUACGAAAAGUGUUCACCAGAGUUGCAAAAGGGAAUCGACGGAUCCCGUAAGAUCGAAUGGGACAAGUGGAAAGAGUUUAACGCUGCACUUGAUCUCGAUGAAGAGCAGUACCAGAAGCUUAAAGAUGAAGGCCAUGAGGAAGUACCGCUCAAGUGGGUUGACACAGAUAAGAACGAUGCACUUAGAGGCACGCAACCAGAUAUUGAAGUACGGCAUAAAAGUCGACUCGUCACCAGAGGAGAUUUGGAGUCUGGGGAUAUCCGAUCGGAUUCUCCGACGGCAGAUAUCGAAGCUCAGAAUUUGAUAUUCAGCUUCGCCGCUUCGCGGAAGGUGAGAAUAGGCUCAGCCGACAUCACAAAUGCCUAUUUUCAAGGAGAGGAAUUAGACAGAGUACUAAUCCUCAAACAGCCAAAGGGAGGACUCCCAGGGGAGCCCCCAGAGCGAAGGUUUCUGGCAAGGGUACCCGUGUACGGGACUCAUGACGGAGGACGUAAGUUUUGGAAACGUCUCAAGACCAGUGCGCAGAAAAGAGGUUUUCUGGAAAACGCCAUUUUCAAAGCACUUUAUGUUCUCCGCAACAACGAGGGACGUAUUAUUGCGCUACUUUGCACACACGUAGAUGACCUGCUGUGGGCAGCCGAGCCAGAAGCAGAGCCUGUCAUCGAGGAAUUGCUGAAGGAGUUUUCGUGCGGAAAAGUAGAGCGAAAAACUUUCCGUUACUGCGGGAAGGAAGUUUCCCAGGCAGAUGAUUACACUAUCACUGCGAACAAAGCCGUCGACUAUGCGUUAGCGACGCCGGAUAGAGGUUUGACUUUCAGAGCAAACGUUCUGGAUUGGGACAACCUUAUUUCGUGUGUCAUCACUGACGCCAGCCAUGCAAAUGAGAGUCAGGUGAUGAAGGUCAAAGGUGAGGAUUCUGUGGAACCUUACCGAAGCCAAGGAGCUAGGUUGAAUGCCCUUGGAACCCCCAGUUUGAUCUCAUCAGAUGAAGGGCAUAUGCACCUCAUCAGUUACGCCUCAAGGAAAGCAGGAGUUGAAGAAGGCGAUAGACUGCGAGCUGCCGUCGCAGAUCUUUUCGGCAAACUUGACCGCAAGAAGUGGGAAGCAUCUUCUGACGACCGUCCAGAAGAGCCAACGGACGAAGUUCGCUGGAUCGACACAGACGUCAUGGUAGCAGAUCCACUGACAAAAGUCAUGGAGAGCACCAAGUUAGUUGAGUGUUUGUUCACUAACUGUUUGAAAGUCGAGCAGCCGAUUGAGUCCGUGAUCAAGAAAAGGGCUAAGCAGCUUCAGAGAAGAAAGACUGCAGACCCUGCGGACGGGCUGGAAGCCUACUUCCUUCGACGCUUCGACUGGCGCGUGGACGAGCUGCUGAAGGACGACGCCCUGCUGCCACCGAGGGCCGCCACCAAGAUUGCCAAGACCUUCAAAAACGACGCGUCGCGCGGCGUCUCAUAUGCCAAGGUGUUGAAGUUGCUCUUCUUGGAUGGCUGGUGGAUUGGCUUCCGAAGAAUCGGCCACUUCUUGCGCACGGCGGCCCAUCCGGAUGACCUAUUCGGCCUCAGGCAGUUCCGACGGCGCUUGGCGGCCGUUCUGGAGAGGUCCCAUCGGCGCCGGUUUCUCAUGUCCUCAGGUCAGCAAGCCCAGCAGGACAGGAUCCUCGCGCAAGCCCGAUCGAAGAAUUCCACAGGCCGUGUGCGUUGGGUGGCUGUAUCCUUGGACAAGUUCUACACGUCCGAGACAUGCCUGCGGCGGGUGUUUGAUCGCUCGGUUCCUGGCGACACGGUGAUUGCCAUUCACUACCCGCCACGCGGCGACAUCCAGUCCAGACUGCACAUUCCCCUCCCAAGCACAGAGACAGUCCUUGUGCGGACGAACAUCGUCAUGCAAGACAGAAGGAUGAAUUCGGAAUUCCCUGAAGAUGAUCGCGCCCUGCUGCGCUGCUGGAGCGGCAAGGUUCUACAGGAACUUCCUGAAGUGUUGGCAAUCAAGCAUGUGUGGGAAGAUGAAGCUGCAGACGGUGGCAUCUCCCAUCACAAGACAGAGAAGAUUCUUGAAAUCAGGCUAUGUGAUGUCACAGAGCAGGUGCGAAUGCGCCAGGCACAGAGAGCUUUGGCAAAUCGCAGAACUUACGAGUCUGAAUCUGAAGCUCAGCGGUUUGACAUCCUUCGAACUCCGAGCUUGAACCAGAACAUCCUGUGUCUCAACCAUGGCGUCUAG